AUGCGGCGUGCCCCUCAUGAUCAUCGCCCCGCUGGCACUGACCGGGGCAGUGAGCGCGUCGAGACUUACGUGACCCUCCCUCACAUCUCGGGGGAAUCUGGGCAAGACAAAGGGGAUGGUGUCAAUAGCAAUGAAACCUUACUCAUCAGCUCACUACCGAUUUUCACACCGCAAGUAACGAAUCCCAUCCCCAUUAAGAAUACCACACCCAAACCCCGCGUCCCGGCUCCCCCACCCACCACCACAACAACAUCCACUACGACUACUACCACCACUACCACUACACCUACUACUACUACCACCACCACCACCACUCCUGCCCCUAUCGCCACUGAUCCUGUUGAAAUUAUUCCCGCUGCUUCCGGUUCAAAGUCCCCCGUGGAAGGAGCCAUCGAGGGAAGCGGGGAAAACCAGACAGUAGCCGAGGCUGAAACCACCGAUAUGCCAGAUUCCCAGAAGGGUCACGAGGACGGCUCAGGGAUUGGCGGUGGCAGUGUUGACAUCCCCUACACCACCUUGCAGACCUUCAACGGCAUGAUGAGCAACCUGAUGUCGAAGCACGAGUGGUGGACGCUGGCGAUCCUGGCGGUGGUGGCGGCCCUGGCUCUGGCUGCCGUAGUCUCUGCCGUCACCUGGAUCAUUUAUAACCGCAUUGCCUCGCGCCGCCGCAGGACCAACUUAGAGAAAGUGAUAACCGAUUUGCAGUCCAAAGACAAAGUUGUGCUGCUCAACUCUGAAGAUUCUGAGGACGAGGCAUAGGCGCGCGGCACACCCCGUCCCCUGCGACCUGCACGGGAUCUCCUGGCGUGCUGUGACGUCUGAUUACUGUCCUGUCUGCCACACCAUUACAUCGUACGCUUAUAAUACAUCUUAUCUAUUCCAGCUGAUGUGAUCGUUGGUUUGUGCGUGUUUUGUCAAUGUAAUAACAUGUUUCUCUAAGCUAUUCAUGUUUUGUAGUGCAGCGAGUUGUCAUUAGCUCUUAAUUAUUGUACAUCUUUCCAUCCAUUCAUCGUUUUCUACGAAAAUAGAAAGUAAUAAAUUGGCAAGAUUUUCUCACACGUAAGGCUUACUUCGGUUUGCUGACGAAACUGACGGAGGCAGUCACAAUUUUUUUUUUUGUUGCAAUUAAGGUUAACAUCUAUCCUUCAUUAUAGUGUUAAGUUUAACUGCUGCUAUAUCCAAGUUCCAUUAUUUACAUAUGAACACAAUUCACUUGUCACGGGUUUGCCGCGCAAACCACAGCAAUCCAAGAGACCGUGAGGAAUUUUUGUAAGGAAAGCUAGGUUUGGAAAGUCUUGGGUAGCUUCUUGCCAAAGCAGAGCACCCAAGGAGAUGGACAUAACUUUGGACACGCGUCCGGCACACGCUCGCUGCUAGUGGACAGAGGGAAAGGCGUAAGAAUACUGGGCAUCUUUCUCGGCUUCGUGCCACCCUGAGCUGACCCUUGGCUUGUUCAUUCCGUCCCUGUAAUUAUUCAGAGUACUAAACUAUACAGUGUCCAUUACAGAACUGAAAUCACUAAUGUUGGUACUUUUGUAUAAAUGGCAAGACGUAGUAUGUAUGUAUACGCCAUACUGUUUCCAUGUGCAUUAGAUUUGAGUGAAAAUAACUGUGGUAUCAGAGUGAGUGAGUGAAGGCACGUCCCUCCUGGCUGGCGAGCAUGGAGACAAAAGGCACUCACUCCGCACUUUUUUGUUUCUAGAUCCUUUUCUUAGCGUGUGUUUUUUUUGUUUAACUUUUAAUAAAAUAUAUAACCAUACUA